AUGACAGCUAAAACCGAAAAAUCCAAGGCAUCUAACACCAUCAGCUUGACCCAAACCGAUGUCAAAACAGAAUCCGUGUUAGAAAUCGAAGACAUCAAACUACCUUCAAAACUCAAAAAAACCUUCAAAAAAUCCACCAAAGACGACACAAAAAAGUCUAAGUCCAAAUCAGAAAAACGUCAAUCUAUUACUAUUACCGACGACCUAUUCGCCAACACAACGUCUUAUUCAAGCAACGACAGCACCACCGUGAUUGGUGUCAAAGAGGAGCCCGUGAUCAAACGAGCCAAUAAACCGCUCAUGGAGAAACGCAGACGUGCCAGGAUUAAUCAGAGCCUCGCAGUUCUGAAGGCUCUGAUCUUGGAGGCUGCCAAUCAGAGGAGCGGCUCGGCCGUAGGCGCCAACGGAACGGCCGGCGCCAAACAUGCCAAACUGGAGAAGGCGGAUAUUUUGGAAUUGACGGUCAGACACUUUCAGAGGCACAGGAAUUUAGACAAUCCCGAUAUCGAUAAAUACAGAGCCGGCUACAGCGACUGUGCCCGCGAAGUGGCGCGCUAUCUAUCAACCCCCGAGCCUCCGCCCCUGCCGACGUCGCCCUGUCUCUCGGACGCCGCCAGCAAAGCACGCCUGCUCCGACAUCUAGACAACUGCGUCGCCGAAAUCGACCGGGACAUCUGCCCAUCGUCGACAGAUCUACACCCCGCCAACCAGCCCAAAAUCCAACCAGUAACGCCCGCCAAAAGGGAACCGCCUCAACCAGACAGCAGCACGUCCGCCAGCAACGUGGUCAGCCCUGCUUCCAACCAGGACGAAAACAAUAACGGCAAUAAUAGAUUGAGGAACCCCACCCCGAAUGUAGAGGAUUUAAUUGAACCCAAUGAGAUACUAAAGCAUGCCUGGGGUGGCCCACAGUUGAGACUACCAGAUGGCCAGUUAGUGGUUUUAUUACCACCGCAUUAUGUCCAGUUAGCAGCAGCCUUAGGUUUGAAUUUGCAACCCCAUACUGGUUCCACAAACGGUGUCCCUGUGUUCAUGCCUCCGAUGCCCCAUGGGGCCAUGGAGAUACCGCCUCAAGGUGCUUUAGGACUUAACUCCAUGACAAUGACACAAAGGUGCGACUUUGAGAGGUUGAUAGAGUUGUCCAAGAAGCAUGCAGGUUACGAUGAUGUUGGUAAAUUAGAACACAUGGAUGUAGACAUGGAUAAGUCUUCUAGUCUAGGAAGCGAGAACCAAGUGGUUCCAAACCCAGGAGAGCCGAGUCAACCACCACAACACCAUCAGCAAGACGAGAACAUGUGGAGACCUUGGUAG